CUGAGCUUCAUCCUGCACCUGGACGUCCACUUGGGCGACAUUGUGGUAAAGUACGGGCGGCUCACCUACGCCAUCCUCUUUGGCAUCGUGUUUGCCGAGACAGGCCUGGUGGUGACGCCCUUCCUGCCCGGCGACUCGCUGCUGUUUGCCACGGGGGCGCUGGCGGCGCUGGGCAAGCUCAACCUGGGCGCCCUGGUGGGCUGCUACAUCGUGGCGGCCACCCUGGGGGACGCAGUCAACUACGCUGUCGGCAACUACCUGGGCGCCGCCGCCUUCAAGUCCAAGCUGCUCAAGCGGGAGCACAUCGCCAAGACCGAGGAGUUCUACACCAAGUAUGGCGGCAAGACGGUCGUUCUGGCCCGCUUUGUGCCCAUCGUGCGCACCUUUGCGCCCUUUGUGGCGGGCGUGGGCUCGAUGUCGUAUGCACAGUUUGGGCUGUACAAUGUGGUGGGGGCGGUACUUUGGACCGCCAUAUGCGUGGGCGCCGGCUUUGCCUUUGGCAACGUGCCCGCGGUGCACGAGAAUUUCAGCCUGGUGGUGCUGGGCAUUGUGGUGGUUUCCCUGCUGCCCAUC